UAAUCACUUUUUCGUAAUUACAUACAAUGUCCCCAUUAACUCCUCUUCCUGUCUAAAUUAUUCGGUUAUGAUAAGCGAAUAAAAAAAAAAAAAUUAUUACCCCCCAAAAAAAGGAAAAAACAGAGAAAAGGGAUCGCGCAAUUUUGCAAAUCAGCGAUAUAAUUUCUUGUGUGGGAUUCGUUCGAGUGAGACUCUGAGAGAGAGAGAGAGACGACAGCUUCCAUUUUUUCUGUCUCUCUUCUCCUUCUCGAACUACAAUCAAAUUCGAGUGUUGGGGUGUAAAUUACGAAUCUUUUUUUGUCGGAAGAAAAAAAAAAAAAAAUUAUUUCCGUUUCUGGGGUUUUCUUCUUGAUAUUGAUCUUUUUCUCUGAUCUGAUCAUCAUUGUGUAUGGAUUCUCAGAUGGGUUUCUAAUUCUAGGGUUUAUUGCAAAAAUUUCUUUACUUUUGGAGCUUCUCUGUUUUUGUAUUUUUUUUUCUCUCUCUCUCUCAACCUCAGUUAUGGCUUGGAAUGAGACCAAACUCAAGAGGCUUUAUCAAGUUUGGAGGGGAAGCAAUAAAUUUCUAUGUGGCGGGAGGUUAAUCUUUGGUCCAGAUGCAUCAUCUCUAUAUCUAUCAACCAUCUUGAUCCUAGGUCCCGCUGUGAUGUUCUUUGUCAAAAUGUACAUGAAAAUGGCUGAUCCUCUUACCAAGAACCCAAAUAUUUGUAUUCCAAUCCUCUCCGUGUCUUGGAUACUCACCAUUCUGGUUAUAUUUUUCCUAUUGAUGACGUCUAGUAGAGAUCCUGGAAUUGUGCCAAGAAGUUUAAGGCCACCGGAAUCAGAUGACGCACCGGAUUCAACUACUCCGUCCAUGGAAUGGGUUAGCGGUAGAACCCCAAAUAUAAGAUUACCAAGGGUCAAAGAUGUAACUGUUAAUGGACAUACAGUAAAAGUGAAGUUCUGUGACACUUGUUUGCUUUACCGUCCACCUCGAGCUUCUCAUUGUUCCAUUUGCAACAACUGUGUCCAGAGAUUUGAUCAUCACUGUCCUUGGGUUGGCCAAUGCAUUGGAGUGCGAAAUUACCGAUUCUUCUUCAUGUUCAUAUCAACAUCAACCACUCUGUGCAUAUAUGUGUUUGUGUUUUCUUGGUUGAACAUAUUUCAAAGACAUACGGAUGAGAAGAUUAGCAUCUGGAAAGCUAUAUCCAAAGAUGUUCUAUCGGAUAUUCUCAUAGUUUACUGCUUCAUUACCGUUUGGUUUGUCGGAGGACUCACAAUAUUUCAUUCCUAUCUCAUCUGCACUAACCAGACUACUUAUGAGAAUUUCCGAUACCGUUAUGAUAAGAAAGAGAAUCCAUACAACAAGGGAGUUUUAGGGAACAUAUGGGAAAUAUUUUUGUCUAAGAUCCCUCCAUCAAUGAACAAGUUUAGGUCAUUUGUGAAGGAAGAAGAUUACAUGAUGAUGGUUGAGACUCCUACUUCAAACCUAGGUGAAAGUCUUGUUAGCUCCAAGGAGAAGAUCGAUAUAGAAAUGGGAGGAGGAAAGAUUGUUGAUGAGAGUGGGAAGAGCUACUCACUCCCUGAGAUUCUCCGGAAUCUAAACUAUGAAGAUCUCGAGGAUGAUUGUGAGGAAGAUGACUUGAAGGCUAAGGAUCAUCACCACCACCAUCACCAUCAACAUAAUACUAAUGAAGGAAUCAUCCCUUCUUUUAACCCGUUUUUCACAAAUGAGAAUGGUAGUAGUAACAAAGAUGAGAGAAGUGGAGAAGAAGAAGAAUCAGGAAGAUCUUCAAGUGAUGAUGGAAAACGCGGUCGAGUCUCCAUUGAAGAUGAAGAGAAAGUUGAAGGGUAUGAACGAAAUUGGAAUACAGAUAAAGGUAUGAAUAUAAACGCAGGAUCUGAAGAUGGAACAAGCUCUCCUCAAUCCACUUCUCCAAUGCUUCGUAAAUAGAGAGAAGGACUUGAAGCUGGAGAGAAAUGGGAGAUUUGUGCUUUUAUAAUUCUUUUAAUUGUGUUUCAUAUAAUUGUGGGAAGCAAACAAAAUCCAAGAAAUAACAAUCAUUUUAGGACUUGUGAGUUUGAGCUUCUAGAUUUUUCAUUUUUAUUUCUCAGAUUUUUAGUUGUAUUUAUAUAUAUAUAUAUAUAUAUAUAUAUAUAACCAGAGAAUGGCUCAUCUGGAAAAAUCACCAGCAUCACAUAUUUUUUUCUCUUUUUUUUGUUUUUCCUUAUAAAAAAGAUUUGGACCACGACUUGUAACGUAUACUGUUGUCGGAAUUAUUUUUCUCUUAUUUUA